AUGUCUGCGAUGUCCAAAGAUGGCAUUGUGGCGGAAUUCCAGCAGCUGCCAGUGGGCAAGAAGGCCUUGGUGGCAGCCAGGCUCGCCAGACAAGGCGAGGGCCUAGAGGAUGCAGCAUGGCUGACGAUCCUGGAAGAUUUGACACGUAGCCUGUCCCAGAUGUCGCCUGCGACCCUGGCCUCGACAUGCAUGGCGGUUGCCAAGCUUGGGUUGAGUCGGAAGGCACUUCCACAACUGAAGUCUGCCAAGUCGGAGCUGUUUCAGCAGUUGGCUUCGCUAGUGGCCCAGCAAGCUCUGCAGCUCAGCUCGCAGGAGAUCGCUCGCGCCGUUUCAGGCCUGGCCAUUUCCCAGGAUGUGCCAGCCUCUCAUCCGGUCUUUCCAGCCCUGAUGGAGGCUGCGACUGCCUGCUUGGAUGACUUCCAGGCUCCUGCCGCCGUCCAGUUGGUGAACGGCUUGUCCAAACUCCGACUGGGCGGAGGUGACAGUGGUCUCCUUGCGCAGUUCGUUCCCGUGCUGCGGAGCUGGCUGGGUGAGCUGUAUCCCAGGGAGUUAGCUUUGGUGGCCAAUGCCUAUGCACGCUGCGGUGUGUCCGCUUCUGUGUGCGAUGCUUUGUUUGAAGAUGUGGCAAAUUUGGCGGUGCAGUCUGUCGACGAGCUGGUUUCUCAGGAUGUGGCCAAUUUGGCCAAUGCUUUUGCCAAGUUGGAUGCUGGUGGGCGUGCUGGACAGGAACUACUUCUCCAACUCGCCAGAAAUGCGAAGCUGUCCCAGAUGGAGCCUGCGCAUCUCGCAGCUCUGGCCUGGGCCUACGCACGUUUGCAACACCCCGAGGCAGCUCCAUUGUUGCGGGCCAUUGCGGAAGAGCUCUUCUCGAGUCAAGGCUUUCAUCGUUUUUCCACGCAAGAGAUUGUGAAUUUGCUCAGUGCCUUCGCGAAAACGCGCGUGAGACAUGAGCCGUUGCUCAAAAGUUUGGCUCAUUACUUGAAGGAAAAGCCACAGGUCAUUGCAAAGAUGGUGCCAUUGGACGUCCUAUACACCGCUUCUUCCUUGGCAAGGAUGAAGAUCUUCGACCCGGAAAUCUACGGGCUCUUGGCCCAGAACAUACUGCUGAAUCGGAAGGUCAGCGCCAAGCAGGGCAUUUACCUCAUGCAGUCCUUCUCACAGGCGCAAUGCCUGGAGAAUGGCUUGGUCGAAGCUUUGGCGCCCAUCCUUCAUCAAGCGCUUCAGCGAGGUGGAAAGGAUCCCAACAUCUCCGACUGGGUUGUCGCCCUUGGUGCCCUUAGCUCGGUGGAUGCUACGCCCGCCGUCGACACUGUUUGUGAAGGGAUCAUCCACUUUGCCAUGGAACAACUGAAUCGAAAUCUCGCCAUUUCCGGGUUGAACAUCUCUCAACUGCUGCGGGCUCUGUCACGCAUCAAGCAUUUGGGAGUGCAGGAGCUGACACAGCGCUUGCUCUGGCGUUUGUUGGAUGAUCACAGGAGCUUUACGGUCUUGGAUUUGGUCUCUGCUGUGCAUUCCGCCGUGACCAUGUAUGAGGAGGAUGGCUUUGGUGUGACCCCCAGCCUCUUCAACUGCCUUUUAAACCUCUUGAUCCAAGAGCUCACCGUGGGUCAGCGCAUGUCUGGUCUCAGCUGUCCGGAGCUCAUGGCGGUCAGCAGUACCUUGAGCAAAGCCGGGUCGGAGCAAACGGAUCUGGAAGGCGAGCGUGAGGCCUGGACGGUGGUGAUGCGCGAGACCUCCAGGCUAUUCGCAGAAGAUCCGGCAGCAGUGGAUCAGAUGACCUUGUUGCACACCACCAUUGUGGUCCUCAACUGUUGUGCCCGUGUGCAGAUCCGCGACGCCACGUUUUUGGGGCUGGUCUACGAGUGGCUGGCCACGGGAACGGUGCUGGCAGCCUUGGCAGAUGACCUGCCGCGGCGUGGGAUUUUGGCGUCGUCGCUGGCGAAGCUUGGAGUGGCCGGGCAGCUGGAGGUGAGGGAGUUGGGCAUCAAGCAGAGGCAGUACUUUCUCGCCUGGUCCCAGCUGCUACCAGCCGCACUUUGCAGUGGUGCUUGGGAGGACUGUGGCCCCUGGUUUCUUGGCUUGGCGCAAGCCCUGCAUGGCUUGACUUUGGCGAGUCAAAACAGUGACCUCUUUCGUAGAGCCUUGCUUCAGGACCUGGCAAUUGCCACCGAGAUCCCGGAGAUUGCGUGCGAAAAAACGGCUUCGAGCCUGGCGAAUGCGUUUCAGAUCUUCACAGCGUUGCAAUGUUUCCUCUUCUUCGGGCUCCACGGGCUCCAAGAUCUCUCGGUAGCUCAACUGCUUGCCAUGCGACAGCUGGUGAGCAAAUUGCAGCCGUACUUGUUGCAGAAGGCCUCCUCCAAAGAUCGAGAAGGAGGGGCUGCCGGAAAGAUUGGGAUGGAUGAAGAUAAAGCUUGGCUUUAA